AUGCCCGGAGCCGCCGCCGCUGCCGCCGCCGCCGCGAUGCUCCCGGCUCAGGAGGCUGCCAAGCUGUACCACACCAACUAUGUGCGGAACUCGCGGGCCAUCGGCGUGCUGUGGGCCAUCUUCACCAUCUGCUUUGCCAUCGUCAACGUGGUGUGCUUCAUCCAGCCCUACUGGAUCGGCGACGGCGUGGACACCCCGCAAGCUGGCUAUUUCGGGCUCUUCCACUACUGCAUCGGCAACGGCUUCUCCCGGGAGCUGACCUGCAGGGGCAGCUUCACGGACUUCUCCACGCUGCCCUCGGGCGCCUUCAAAGCCGCCUCGUUUUUCAUCGGCCUCUCCAUGAUGCUCAUCAUUGCCUGCAUCAUUUGCUUUACCCUCUUCUUCUUCUGCAACACGGCUACGGUGUACAAGAUCUGUGCCUGGAUGCAGCUCACCUCCGCUGCUUGCCUUGUGCUUGGCUGUAUGAUUUUCCCUGAUGGCUGGGAUUCAGAUGAAGUAAAACGGAUGUGUGGAGAAAAGACAGACAAGUACACUCUUGGGGCUUGUUCAGUCCGCUGGGCCUACAUCCUGGCUAUCAUUGGGAUUUUGGAUGCCCUCAUCCUCUCAUUUCUGGCAUUCGUGCUCGGUAACCGACAAGACAGCUUGAUGGCAGAGGAACUGAAGGCAGAAAACAAAGGGUCUUUAUCCUAAAGAGAUAGAUCCUGAAGAAAAUGGAUGAAAUGAGAUUAAUCCUCUGGACAACGUGGUGACCAUAUCAAGACUAAAAGAUAUGUCAGCAUUCUCAGAAACAGCCUCCCUCUCUCCCUUAUACACACCCACACACAAUGUUUAUUACCAGCUUGAUGGAAGCAUAAACUCUUGGUAUACUAUUUACUAUAUUUUCAUAUAUAUAUGUAUAUAUAUCUCCAUAUGCUGUAUUAUGGAUUUGCUCAAGUCAUUUGUAGUUCUUUAUAUUUGGCAUUUAUAAAUAAGUCAAAAGAAUACUAAUUUAACAAUCUAAAUGUAAGAUCAAAAAACCUGUUCUUGUUAAUAAGCAAAUUGGUAUCUUUUGGACUGAAGACAGAGUAACCAAGGAGCAGGUGUAUUUGAAAAAAAGUUCAUUUAUCAGUUUAUGAAGAAAAGACAAUUAUCUCUUUAGCCAGUAAUUUCCUUCAAGGAGGUUAUUAUAUAGGAAGUCUAAUAGUGUGCAUAAAGCUGCCUGGUGAACAUGAUACAUGUGGAAUUAUAUGAUGAGAAUAUUUACUGGUAUUGGGGCUGGAGUUUUUAUGUUGAAGUGGGUCCUUAAGUCCUAACUCAUGAUAUCUAAAGUUCUUAAAAUCUACUACUCUUAAGUUACUAAUAUUGAAUGAAAGAAUGCUUCUUUCUGCUCUUGAGUUGCACUUCUGGGAUUUCAAGUUCCUGCUUUUACCUUAAAGAGAACACAGUAACCUUGGUUGAAAGAUCAUUGUCUAAAUAUCUCCAAAAAGUUAGUUGUAAAAGUAGUAGGAUGAAAUGUCACUAUGUUUAAAAUAACAGCUGAUAGCUCCUCCCCAUUUAAAACGCUCCUGUAUAUUAAAAGAGUAUAUAAAUAAGGUAUUUUUCACAAAAAACCUAAGCACUCCUAAAAGACAGACUGAUUCCAGGCUAACAAAACUUGACCCUUAUCUACUACAGAAAAAAGUCCAUCAGAACAUUACAACUUUUUUAGGAAACAAAUUAUGUCGCUAUUCUGAAGAAACCUCCAAGAAGAAACUAAAUGGUUCAUGCCAAUAGUACCCCCAGGCUUCUCAGGUUGGAGGUACAAUAGAGCUCUCCAAAAAAGAAAUAGGGAAUGGGGAACAACUGUUGGCACUGUAGCUUUACAGACACAUUUUAGUGGAAUGCUUCCUUCCAUGUAAGUGUUUAUCAAACUGGUACCUGCAUGGCAAGUGCCUGAGCAUGAGAAGUUUCUGCAAAAUGCAGACUCCUGGGUCACACUAAGGACUUCAGCAACUGUGGUUCUUAUGGAAUUGCUACAUUCUAAGAAAAUUACGAAUGAUACAUAAUAACCUGUUUGGGGGAACUGGGGUGGAGCCCUGGAAUGCAUAGUUAGUGAGCGUCCCAGAUAAUUAUAGUAGUCAAACUAGCUUGGGAACUACUGACAUGCAACACUUUAACAUGCCUGUAGUAGAGAAGCUAAUUUUUUUAAGUUUUUUUUUUUUUUUAAAGGCUUGGUAGCCAUGAGUAUGACCGUGGGCAUUAAGAAUUUGUCUUCAAUGAAAAAUCAAUUAAGUUGUUAGAAAUGGGUGACCAACCUUAAGUCUGCCCUGAAUUAAAUGUGUGAUGAUAUUUCUACCAGUUUUCAUGUAGCACUUUCACCUAACAGUUUGGAAAAGAAGGAAAAGAAUUUGUCAGGAUCUGUAUAACAGAAUGUAUCACCUUAUAAAAAUGUUACAAAUCUUACAAUUUAUUUUUAACAGUGCCAAACCUGCCUGAAGAUUAUAAAAUUGCUUGUGUUGUGCAAGGGACUGGUCAACACAUUACUAGAUUCAACUUUAUAAAAAUGAAUAUCAACAAUAUCUUCUGUUGAUUGUAAACUAAUAAGAAUUCAGACUAAGGAUCCUUCUGUGCAGAGACAAACAUGUACUUUUUUAUCAAAGCCAUUUUGGGAUGUUUAGUCCCUAGGACUGUUGCUGCCUAUUGGUAAGCAUUUAUGAUCUCCAUUCAUUAUUUGUGGGACCAUGCCUAUUUUUUUGAAAUGAGAUACCAGAAUCUAGUCCUGAAAUUUUAUCCUGUUAAUAGGGCUGCUGAUCAGUUUAGAAAAGUUUGCAAUGCAAAGGUUCUUUUUUCUAAUGUAAUGAAGCAAAAGUACCCGUACAGUUAUCUUAUUAUUAUUAUGCUAUGGAAAGGCAAGUUUAACCUGAAAAAUAAGAAUUUAUAACCAAAUACCAGAGGUUGGACAGGAAUUUUCAAUUUGAUCAACACGAUUGAACACUUUUUUUUGAGGAGGUUUUUAUCUGCAAUGGACAAAGACUACUAGGAAAGAUAGAAUUGAUGUUCAAUUAUUCAUCCACCUCCACCCCCAAAUAGAGUGGCUUUGCUCUUGGGCACAACCAUUACCAUUUUCCUAGCUUUUAACUACAAAAAUUCAUCUUUACUUCUCUUCACAAUUAAAGUUUAGGAGCUAUUUUGCAGUUUCAUACUUACAACAAAGAGAGAAGAGACCUAAGUAAUUAAAACAUUUACUUGAGCACUUACUAUGCCCUGGGAAUUAAUGCAGGGACUAUGUAUUUAUCUGAGAGAGACAAUGCAAGUUAAACACGGCCCUUCAAGGGCUCACAUUCUAGCAGGGUGUGGAGAUUCUAAACAAUUAUAACAAACUGCUAUGAUAUUAACAGAACUGGGUAAAGGGUACAUGGAAUUUAAAUAACAACAGACUUCUGGGAGAGCACCAGAGAAAGCUUGAGAGAGAAAAGAACAUUUGAACUGAAGGAUGCAUUCAGAAGUGGGUAGAGUAGGAAUAUUCCAUGAAGAGAUGAUACAAAAGAAAGGUCUGACAGAACAAGUUUGGAGAACUGAAAGCAGUAAUAUGGGUGGAAGCAAAAGGAAAAGCAACUGCAUCUUUGGAAAAAAGGGAGAAGCCACCAAGUCACAGAGUUCCUUCCUUUAUGCCACUCUAGGAGCAUGGAUUCCUUUAAAGCAUUUCAAGUAAGAUCAGACUCACAUUUUAGUAAAAUCACUUUGAAGGAUGUUAGAUGGAUUAGAAGGGGCAAGAUUAAAGCCAGAGUAAGCUAUGUCACUACACAGUUUUAUAUAUACUCAUUUAUUUGAUAUUUAGGGUAGGCUACUCUAUGCCAGGUCUGAGCUAAAAUAGUGGCAAUGGUUACAAAGACAAGGGGAGGUGAACCAAAAAAUAAUGGACAUACUUAUGGACAUAACAGACACCAAAUGUUGAAAUGAGAGAUGGUUCCUGGGUUUUGACAAGUUGUAAAUCAUACAGUUUGCAUCCUAUUUCUAAAGAUAAUAUACAAGCAUUUUGCCUUGUCACUACAAACUAGAACUCUGAAGAAAAAUGCUUUCUGGGAAUACUUGCCUGUUGCAGAAAAUUCAUCUGUAAGCAUACAACCCAGAGAGAACCAGUGAAACCAUUAUACUUUAUUUCCUUUACCCUCAUUUCUGUGAAAGCACACACAAUAUACAAAUGCCCUAUGAACUAUAAAUUUUCAUGUUUUUGUUACCUUUUCUUUGUAGUAUACAAUGCUCUGAAAUGGAUUCUUUAAUUUUAUAAUCCUUUUACACAUUUGUCUACUUCCAGGAUUGACUUGUCACAAAAUGAGAGUUGAGAUAACAUGAAUGAUUCACAAAUCAUAAUCCCAAAUGAAUUCUGGAUUAUUUUUCAUUAUUCCACAGCAAAAAGAGAGUAAGAACAAUGCAGCAAGUUUUUCAGGCUUCCCUGGUGGCUCAGUGGUAAAGAAUCUCCCUGCAACGGAGGAGACCUGAGUGUGAUCCCUGCGUUGGGAAGAUGCCCUGGAGGAGGGAAUGGCAUCCCACUCCAGUAUUCUUGGUUAGAGAAUCCCAUGGAUAGAGGAGCCUGGCGGGCUGCAGUCCACAGUGUCACAUAGAGUUGGACAGACUGAAGGGACUAAGCAGCAGCAGUAAGUUUUUCAAAGUAACAGUUUCUAAAAUCAAGAGACCCUGUCCUUAUUUGCUGUUAGUAACUAUUUUUGAAAUACAUGUCAAUGUAUGACAAAACCCACUGCAAUGUUGUGAAGUAAUUAGCCUCCAACUAAUAAAAAUAAAUGAAAAAAAAAAAAGAAAAAGAAAAAUGACAGUGUUGCUAUUUAGACAACUAAAUCUAGCAACUCUAUAGUGUAUUUGAUUAGGCCUAAACCCCUGCCUAUAUGCAGGUCAGGAAGCAACAGUGAGAACUGGCCAUGGAACAGACUGGUUCCACAUAGGACAAGGAGUACGUCAAGGCUGUAUAUUGUCACCCUGUUUAUUUAACUUAUAUGCAGAGUACAUCAUGAGAAACGCUGGGCUGCAAGAAGCACAAGCUGGAAUCAAGAUUGCUGGGAGAAGUAUCAAGAACCUCAGAUAUGCAGAUGACACCACCCUUAUGGAAGAAAGUGAAGAGGAACUAAAAAGCCUCUUGAUGAAAGUGAAAGAGAAGAGUGAAAAAGCUGGCUUCAAGCUCAACAUUCAGAAAACUGAAGAUCAUGGCAUCUGGUCCCAUCACUUCAUGGGAAACAGAUGGGAAAACAGUGGAAACAGUGUCAGACUUUAUUUUUUGGGCUCUAAAAUCACUGCAGAUGAUGACUGCAGCCAUGAAAUUAAAAGACGCUUACUCUUUGGAAGGAAAGUUAUGACCAACCUAGACAGCAUAUUAAAAAGCAAAGACAUUACUUUGCCAACUAAGGUCUGUCUAGUCAAGGCUAUGGUUUUUCCAGUGGCCAUGUAUGGAUGUGAGAGUUGGACUGUGAAGAAAGCUGAGCGUUGAAGAAUUGAUGCUUUUGAACUGUCUUUAGAGUCCCUUGGACUGCAAGAAGAGCCAACCAGUCCAUCCUAAAGGAGAUCAGUCCUGGGUGUUCAUUGGAAGGACUGAUGCUGAAGCUGAAACUCCAAUACUUUGCCCACCUCAUGCAAAGAGCUGACUUAUUGGAAAAGACCCUGAUGCUGGGAGGGAUUGGGGGCAGGAGGAGUAGGGGACGACAGAGGAUGAGAUGGCUGGAUGGCAUCACCAACUCGAUGGGCAUGAGUUUGAGUAAACUCCGAGAGUUGGUGAUGGACACGUAGGCCUGGCGUGCUGUGAUUCAUGGGGUUGCAAAGAGUCAGACACGACUGAGCGACUGAACUGAACUGAAACCCCUGCCAACUAGUUCUUUUUAGUCUGUCUCUCAUACAUACCAAAUUGAAUUGCUGUGUUCUACCAAAAAUCCCUACAAGUUUCAUGAUUAUUUUGCUUUGUUGAUUCAUAUCUUAGAGAUUUAUGGACACACAUUGAUCUGUCCUAAAUUUUGUUAUCCUAUCUUCAAAACAAAGACUCUGUUAGGCUCCUAUAAGACAUUAGACCUAGACUAUGAGGCACAAGUCCUUCAUUUAGAACAAAUCUAACCAGCUUGUUGGGAAGCUAUCUAGUUGCUCACUGCUACUAAUAUAUAAGGGAGUUACCCAUGUAUCUCUACAAAGACAGUUUAUUAUGACUAAUAAUUACCCUGUUCUUGUAAGUACCUUUCUUCCAAGUAGCUUAACAACUUUGGGUACACAAUGCCUCUUUGAUGCACAGUAACAGAAUGAGUAAGCAAGGAUGUAAGUUCUGCCAGUGAGAGGGAGAGGCUGCAAGGGAAUGAAUAAUUAAACUCUAAACAAUGAAACUACUUUCAAGUUCAUACUUUAAGUCAAAAUAGCCUGUGAUGUCAAAACUCUUCCUUAUGCUCUCAAUCUAAAAGAGGACCAAUACCUUAACACAUUUACCUUCACCUGAUCAUUCUGGGGCCCCAAAUUCUAAGAAGUUUGCUGGUCUGGCUCUAAUUACUGAGUUCUAAAAUACCAAAUUUUAUGAUUGAUAUGAAGAUCUUCUUUUCACUGAGAAUUCCUUUCCAAAGAAUGAAAUUAAAAAUCCACAUAUGAAUGCUUAACUAUCCUCUUCCAUCUUCUAAGCCUUACCUCAUUUGAUUUUAUAAUCUGAUUCCUUCCUUUUACAUUGGUGAUUCAUUUCAGAAUGAUUAUAUUUUAAUUUCACACAAAUUAUGUUAUUUCACAAAAAUGCAUAGCAAGGAAAAAACUGCAUUUAUAAAUGUAACAUUUAUUCCAGUAGGAACAUAUGAUUUGUUUUACUGUUUGAAAAAUGGAAGACAUAACCUAAGUAUUGUUUGUUACUAGUAUUUUUGGAACACAUGAUGGCAAGGGCUGGUGCGAGAAAAAAAGGUUAUGCAUAAAAAGCAAGCAGUCGCUUCGCUUCCACAAAUAGUUGAUUUUACUAAGUACCUGGUUCAGAAAACUUAGCCAUUUGUUCAAAGAAUUUACCUUAAAAAUUUUUUUCACUUUGAUCUAAGUCUCCAAUUAAAUUCCGGUCAGAAUUUAGACCUUAUCCUUGAACAUUUGAUAAUGGGGAAUUUGAUAAUUUGAUAAUUCCCAUUUGGCUGAUAAAAAAAGGCAGGGAUACACAGAAAUAACUAUGCCAUAGCUAUUAUAGUUUCAUAAUCAUGAAAUUUUGAUUUUCAUGACAUAAACCUCUGCUUCUUUCAAUGUUUUCUGUUUUGUUUUUUAUUUCAGAGAAGCUAUUUGGACCUAAAGGUAUGAAUUAAGAAGUAAUCUACUACCGAACUUCAAUUAAAGCUCAGUUUACUCUGUAGCUUAAUGUGAGGAAAUUUUAAGACAGUCUUAAUCUCCCCAUCAAUUUAACUGGUCAUCUUUACAGAGGCUGAGGGCUUCAAGAAUACCAAAGUUUGACUUGUUGUAUUAUUUCUUGCCUACAGAGGUAAGGAUAAAUUUAGAUCACACUGAUACACAUAUUUCAACAGUAUACAUUGUUACAUUAACUACAGAAACUGCAAUUAAUCAAGUGGGUAAUCAAGAGGGAAGUCUGGAAAAUACAAAAGGGGAAAAAAGGGGGAAGAGAGCAAGAAUGGGAACCAAAAAUUAAGUGUCUACUCUAUGUUAAUGAUCAUGUAGGAGCAAGACAAAGAUACAUAAAAUACUGAAAACAAACAUGAAUGACUUCUUUAAUGUAAGCACUAACUGAUUAGGAUUCACUUAAAAAUUAAGGAAAAAAGAAAACAUGAUCAAAUUUGGUCAUACCUAGAAAAAUGAAGUACUUAAAUCCAAGUUAUCUUGAUGGAUAUUUCGUCACUUGUAAAAAGACAAUCAAAACCAAGUCUCUAUCACUAAAAACUAAUUUCUGUAAGACACAGCACAAAGGCAAAGAAAACACUAGCUCACGUGACAGAUUAAGCACAGCUGUCCCUCCAUAUCCUUGCCCCACAGAUGUCAAGAUCCCUUAUAAAUGGUAUUCAUUCUUAGCUUGUUCUGAUGUUUAGCUACUUGUGAACAUUUACAAAUUAUGACUCUGGUAUCUAAAAUGUUACAUGACAGGCUCUUUACUGAAUGUCCAGUUUUCAAUUUGGAAUUAGUAAGCAAUAUCUGGGUCCCUGUGAAGUCCCUGAGGACCUCUGUGAGACAAGUCAGUAAUUUCCCUCUUUGAAACUAUUUCCUCAAAAUAAAAGAGAAAGAAGAGAGAAUGGCUUGAGCUUCACUGAUAAAAGGACUCUAGAUUAAAAAAAAUAAUCUGGUUCCAGUCCACCCUCUUUUUCAGUCUCAUCUCUCAGUGUACUUCAUGUAAGACUAGUCAGACAGGUUUCUUAUACUUAGAACAUAUUUUCUUUACUCCUGUUCUUUGCCUUUGCACAUAAAGCCAUACUGAUUGCAAAUGCAUUGUUUCACUGCUCCUACCCCAUCCACUAUUGAAAUCCACAUUGUCCCUCCUAGUUCAAAAAUUCAAUCACCUCUACGAAGCACAUUACCUGUUAACUGGGGCUCCUGGUUGAAUGCUUACAAUACAAACCUACAAGGCUUAAUCCCGAAGCGUUAGUUGCUCAGCUGUGUCCGACUCUUUGGCACCCCAUGGACUGUAGCCCACAAGGCUCCUCUAUCCAUGGAAUUCCCCAGGCAAGAAUAUUGGAGUGGGUUGUCAUGCCCUUCUCCGGAGAAUCUUCCCAACCCAGGGACUGAACCCAGGUCUCCUACAUUGCAGGCAGAUUCUUUACCAUCUGAGUCACUGGGGAAGCCCAAACCCAAGCCAGAUUAUAAAUUAACAGAAUACAGACUAGUCCUAUUCUAUGCUUAGUCGCUCAGUCGUGUCCGACUCUUUGUGACCCCAUGGACUGCAGCCCGCCAGGCUUCUCUGUCCAUGGGGAUUCUCCAGGCAAGGAUACUGGAGUGAGUUGCCAUGCCCUCCUGCAGGGGAUGUUCCCAACCCUGUGAUCGAACCCAGGUCUCCCACAUUGCAGGCAGAUUCUUUACUAACUGAGCCACCAGGGAAACCCUAGCUUGUACAAACAGGUACAAAUAUUUAAGUGAAGAGGAUGAGGUGGCAGAAAGCAGAUUUGAGGACUAAAAACACUGGCAAAAUAGGUGAUAAAUGGAUGGGUGGGUGGGUGAACCCCAAAAGUUCU